CUUGCUGCCGUCUUUCGCAGAUUUAUAAACAACGCAGCUAAAACCGACUUCCAUCUGCCAAAGGAAAAGAGCGACAUCCAGCUGGUUUUUGCAGCUGCUAAAAUGCGUUGCCGCUCCUGAACGUAACCUCGGUUUAUAUUUGGCUUAAAGGAGACGCAACAAAGCGCACAAAAUGGUUGCGCUCCAGGCCCAGCGAAUAAGUAGGUUUACUAUAGCUUUAAGAACGCGAAAAUAGUGUCUGCUUCUUUAAAAUGAUAUCGGUUUAUUGCUGAAUAGAUAAUUAAGAAAAGUUUUCAAUCCCUAAUCAAUAAAUAUAUGCAUUUAAUUUGCGACGCAAUCAUAGAAAAUGCCCCACUGUCGGAUAAAGGCCGCUUGUAAUCUAAACGUCUUUUAACCAGAUGUGGUCCGUUUUUUCCUGAAAUUGCCGGUAAACCUGCUUGACUUUAAGCGGAUUUUGAGGUAGGCUGAAGUAUCCUCACGGUGAUGGAACCGGCCGGCGACCGAACCGGGGGUGUAAAUAAAGGCGAGGAGCCGGGGGAGGACAAGGCCGCAGAGCAGACCCCGGCCACCAGUACGACCGUUACCCCGCGAAGAGGGCUCCGAGACAGGGGAGCGGGCCGCCCGAGGUCCGGUGUCUCCGCUUCAGUAACGGACGUUAACGGAGCAGCGUCGAGCCCGCAGAGCUCGGGACGGGUUUUAAGAGACAGGUCAACCAGGGCAGUACCGGCCUGGCUGAAGGACACCAAGAGCAGCGACGACGACGAAGACGAACCGAGCCCGGACACCGGUGCGACCAAGCGGAGGAAAGUUUCCAACUCGAGGCGGAAGAAAAAUUCAGAAUCAGCGGGUUCGGCUGAGGCUGGAGGUGGGGUCGCAGGUGACAGCCUUCAAGGCACAGACUCAGAGGACCUCAAGAAACCUGCCACAGAUGCUGAAGCUCUUCCCACCAGACGCCCCCCAGCCCAGACUCGUGCCAAGCCCCCGUCUGGCAGGGCUGUCCGCGGCUCUGCCAAGCCUGUGUGUAAGACCGAACCUGGAAUGGAGAAUCCAGCUGCAGUGGAAGGAGAGUUAAACAAUAAAGAGAAGUAUGAAAUUGAAAAGAAAGAGAAGGAAAGCGAGGAUGUUGCUGAGCCAGUCUUGGAUGAUGAAGACCCUCAAUUUCAGGACGACCCAAACGACCUCAACUACCAGCCGCAGAGUCAGAGUGGAGCAGAGGAGGAAGAGGGCCUCAGUAGUGAUGAAGAUGUUCCUUUCAGAGAUGACCUUAAUGACCAGAGCUACGACCCGAAGGCCGAAAGGGAUGUACCUAAACCAAAGCGCAGAGUGCCUCCUAGACAGAAGGAGAAGAAAGAGAAAGAGAAGGCACCUAAAAAAGAGAAAGAGGUUGCUGAGAUAAAGAUAGAAGGUUCGGACAACUUAGAGAGCGUGGAAGAGGAAGUAAAGCUAGAAGAAGAAACAGUGGAGGACCCGGAUGGACCCAGAAAGAGAGGAAGGAGGAAAAAGGACGAUAAAACUCCACGGCUGCCGAAGAGAAGGAAGAAGCCCCCGGUGCAGUAUGUGCGCUGUGAAAUGGAAGGAUGUGGGACGGUCCUGGCUCAUCCGCGCUACCUACAGCACCAUAUAAAGUACCAGCACUUGCUCAAGAAGAAGUAUGUUUGUCCUCAUCCGUCAUGUGGGAGGCUUUUCCGCCUACAGAAGCAGCUUCUGCGUCAUGCGAAGCACCACACAGACCAGAGGGACUACAUCUGUGAGUUCUGUGCUCGUGCCUUCAAGAGCUCCCACAACCUGGCUGUGCACCGCAUGAUUCACACCGGAGAGAAGCCCCUACAAUGUGAAAUCUGUGGUUUCACGUGUCGCCAGAAGGCGUCUCUCAACUGGCACAUGAAGAAGCACGAUGCUGAUGCCACCUAUCAGUUCUCCUGCUCCAUUUGUGGCAAGAAGUUUGAGAAGAAGGACUGUGUGGUGGCCCACAAGGCCAAGAGUCACCCUGAGGUGCUAAUUGCUGAGGCGCUGGCAGCCAACGCUGGCGCCCUCAUCACAACCCCCGCCUCCCUUCUGGAGCUGCCAGGAAACCCCAUGCAAGCAGAGGUCACCAGCCUAGACGUGAGCCAAAUAGGGCAGGAUGGGCAGGUGGACCAGGUGAGCCAGGAAGGGCAAGUUGGACAGCAAGUGGCUCAGGUGUCUCAGAUGGGUCAUGUGACCCAACAAGUAAGUCAUCAGGUGGUAUUACUGGGACAAGACCAAAGCCUCCAUACCAUGCAGGUGCCAGUGACGAUUGCCCUGUCCCCCAUCGACCCCCCUUCGCCCGCUGACAACCAGCAGCAGACUCACCUCCAGCUCCAGAUGCCCGUCCAGUUUGUGCAGGCCGCUCAGCAGCCCCAGCAGCCCCAGAUCCAACAACUGACCCUCCAUUCCAGCUCAGUGGUGACCCAGCAUCAACCCCAGAUCCAGUCCCUUCAGUCGUAUUCCUCCCAGCAGCAGCAGCAGAACCAGGGGCAGACACAAAUCCUUCAAAUGACCUUCCAGCCUGUCAGCCAGUCUCAGACCCACAUUCAGCAGAUCCCCAUUCUAGCGACUUCUCAUCAGCUUCAGACCCUGCAGACAGCCGCCCCGAGUCCUCCUCUCCUGUCCUCAUCCCAUCCCCACUCGCAGAAUCCAACCUCCACAAACGGGGACAGCUUUAUCCUGGACAGUCCGGUGCUCUCGUCUUCCUCUCAGUCUGUCAGCUCCCUUCAGCAUACAGAAACUGUGGGGGAGGACGGUGUGGUCUGGGAGCAGACGGGACACGGGGGAGUUCUGUCGGACAACUCUGAGAGACACGUGCAGCAGGCCCUCAUGUAGAACAAGGAACGCACACACACAACAGAAGACGGGGGCAGAUUAUGCCAUCAGUAACCUGAUAUACUGUAUUGCAAUGUUUGAGGUAAAUGUAGGGUCACCGAUAUAUUCUGUACUGUUCACUCAUAGUCAUAUUUGGUAGCUUUUUAGAAUAUCUGUAUCAGGGAAAAAUAUGUGUCUGUACGUGUAAGUUGUUGCCUUUGUACAUAACAGUCCUGUAAACUCAACUAGCCUUUUAUGUGUGUGUGAGUUUGUGUGUGUGUGUGUGUAUUAAUGAGGUUAUGUUGCAAAGCUGUUGCUAUUAUGCAAUAAUAUAAGCAUACCUCUUAGUAAUAUACAGCACAUUAAAUGCCUAGUGUGUGGCAUCAAGGUUCCUAUUAGGGAAUAAAUCAAUUCUAUUUAUAUUAUGAAUUAACAGAAAACACACAUUAGAAAGCUGUAAACGGACCCCAACGUGUGUGGGGUGAGUAAAGUCUGUUUAAAUGAAUAGGCAGCUAUUUUUUUUGUUUUUCAUUUAUUGUCCAGAUCUACUGUAAAGCUUAUAUUAGGCAAGGCUAAAAAUAUAUAACAGAAAAUGAUCUAAAGUCACAAAGAGAAACAUUUCAAAACCUGGAAAGACGUAGACAAAACAGCCUGUAAAAAGUCACAAAAUAUGCAUAUUUUAGCGAUUUUUGGCAGAGUCAUUAAACCUGUUUCAAUGACAGCUGUGCAAAUGUUUAAGCUUGGUUGUUUGUAGACUUUGAAGGAACAAUAACCCGUAUUAUGUAUGUACUUCUCACAAAAGUCCUUGGUCAUUACAAGCAGCCAAGAGGUGACCGUGGACGUCUUAAAUCAUCACAUAUGAACUUAUAAAAUAACAGUACAGCACAGUCACUCAAUUAGUUAAACCCAAAUUCUGUCAAUAACCGUUGAAGUGUAAUGUAAUUUAACAAGCAAAACUAUGUAGAAACCUUGGAACACAUGUCGAUACUGAAUCUGCACCUCUCUGAACUGUGUUAUAGGAUGUGUAGUAGAGCAAACACACAAAAAAAAUGUUCAUUUAUAUAUUAUGUAAAUAAAUGUCUUAACAUUUA